AGCAUUUUUAAAACUUCACAACUGCGGCCAUACUGAGCCCGCCAAAAGUAAUUUGUUUUUGCGCUCAUUUGGAAAACUCUGUGGAAAAUCUAAGAAAACACGUGAAAAUUCGAAGACAAACCAUAUGAAAUGAGCCCUGCAAAUAAGUCCCAGCUGGAUAUCAGCAUCGACGACGAGGAGGAGAUACUGGCGCUGGAAAAACUGCUGGGUGAGCCGGAAACCGAUAAUGCCGAAUCUGCAAAAUCGGAAAAACCAAAAGGCACGCCCACUUUGGCCAACGCAGUACCAAAACUACGAGAAGACAGCAGUUUCGCAAAUGCCUUUACCUUCGAGAAGACCGUGAAACCCGCCAAGCAGGACAAAAUUGCGAUCAGCAAAGAACCGGAGCUGGACUCUUCCGACGACGAAGAAGUUAAGAAUUUCCUAGAACGGAAGUACAACGAGUAUGGCAGUGAUAUCAACCAGAGCCUGAAGCAGCAGCGCGAGAGUGCUCACGAGUCUAAGGUGGCCAGGGAGGUGGACCAAGCGCUGAAGAAGACAACCCAAAUGGUCACAUCCACGCCGCAGCCGCUCAAGAAUCCGCACAAUCCCAUCAAGCGCCAGUCGGCGGUGAGUAGCACUUUCCAAAGGCCUCCGCCAGCUGCAGCUGCCGUGGCAGCCACAUCCCAGCCAGGUGCUCCCGUCUCCGCCGUUUACACGGAUCCUGUCUUUGGACUGCGCAUGAUCAAUCCCCUGAUCUCGAGCUCACUGCUCCAGGAGCGCAUGGCGGGCAGAAAUGCGGUGCCCUUCUCCGGCGUAGCCUUCCACAUCGAACGCGGUGAUCUGGCCAAAGAUUGGGUCAUUGCCGGCGCCCUGGUCUCCAAGAAUCCCGUGAAGAACACCAAGAAGGGAGAUCCGUACUCCACAUGGAAGCUGUCCGAUCUGCGCGGCGAGGUCAAGACUAUCUCACUUUUCCUCUUCAAGGAAGCCCAUAAGUCCCUGUGGAAAACAACGGAGGGCUUGUGCCUGGCUGUCUUGAAUCCCACUAUUUUCGAGAGGAGAGCGGGUAGCUCCGAUGUGGCCUGUCUGUCCAUUGAUAGCUCCCAAAAAGUCAUGAUCCUGGGUCAGUCCAAGGAUCUGGGCACUUGUCGGGCCACCAAGAAAAACGGGGACAAGUGCACGUCAGUUGUUAAUACCACCGACUGCGAUUAUUGCAUCUUUCAUGUAAAGCAGGAGUAUGGCAAGAUGUCGAGGCGUUCGGAGCUCCAGUCUGCCACCGCUGGUCGUGGCCUUAAUGAGCUAAGAAACAAGGUGUUGGGCAAAAACGAGGUCUUCUAUGGCGGACAAACCUUUACGGCAGUUCCGGCCAAAAAAAGUGCCAAGCUCAUCUCUAAAGAGCGCGAUCGCCUGAGCAUGCUGGCUGGCUAUGAUGUUUCGCCUUUCGCUCAUACCGCUGACCAUGCCUCCAAGCCCAAGACAAGCGAACCUCCUAAAGUUCCGUAUGCAGAGCGAGGUGGUCCGGUUUCCCGUUUGGCUGGUGGUGUGGAGGCGUCUAGAAAACAGAGGUGCCAGGACUUGGAGCGAUUGCGUCAGCUCAAGGCGGAAAAUGAGCGAUUUAAAAAGGAAGAGGCGGCAAAGGGUAAUGUUUUGGGCAGUGACAAUAAAAAUGAACCCUCGGCAACCACUCCCACUCCCAGCUUUCCCACUACACCAGUGCCGGACAAGUUCAAGAAUCGGGGCUUCUCCUUCGAUGCCAGCUUGACACCCAAACUAUCGGGUAGCGAAAACUUUUCAUUUGAGGUCAAUGUGGGAGCUCGUCAGGCGCAGAGUGCCAAGCUGAGAGCAGCCGCGUUGCUAAAGAAGAAACCGCUGGAGAAGAUCAAUCCCAAUUCCACAAGGGGCAGUGAAACUGGCAAGAGAAGAGCCAUCGAUGAGCUCAACGACAAAUUCUCCAGCAGCGCCAAGCGCCAGAAAAUUGAGGAAGAUGAUCGCGAGCUGAUGCGCAAGUCCCGAAUCGAAAAGAUUAUGGCAGCCACGUCAUCCCACACGAAUCUCGUAGAAAUGCGAGAGCGCGAGGCGCAGGAGGAUUACUUCAACAAGCUGGAACGCAAGGAGGCCAUGGAGGAGAAGAUGCUGGGCACCUACAAGAUGCCCUGCAAGGCGGUCAUCUGUCUGGUGUGCAAAUACACCGCCUUCUCCGCCUCCGAUCGCUGCAAGGAGGAGAAACACCCUUUGAAAGUGGUCGAUGCAGAGAAGCGAUUUUUCCAGUGCAAGGACUGCGGGAAUCGCACGAUCACAGUGUUUAAAUUGCCCAAGCACAGCUGCAAGAAUUGCAAGGGAUCGCGAUGGGAAAGGGCGGCUAUGAUACGGGAGAAGAAGGUCCUCACUGGCAGGGAAUCGCUGUCCAUUAGGGGAGAUGAGGAAACCUUCAUGGGCAGCCUGGCCGGCAGUGCCAAUCUCAAUCUGCUGGUUCCCGACGAAGAGUAAAAACAAGUCAUCUCCGGCCGUUGUUGUAUUUGGUAUGUUUUAAUUUAUUUUUAAGAAUAGCAAAUGCAGUACAUACAAAUAUUUACAGUCCUCUGGUUGAUCGCUAUUUGGCUUAUAAAAUGGGAUUCGUUGUAGAUAAAUAAGUACAAGGUUUCGAUACCUAAAGAUCUAAAGUGCCUGUGAGAUUGUUCAGUGCAGGUUUUUUAUGGUUAUGUACCAGGUGUACUCGCUGAUUUUUGACGAAUGUUAAUCUUAUGAAUUUAUGAAUCUAAGAUUAUGACUGAACAUCAAAAGAUUGAUGAUUGGAAUGCUUAACAAUGUUUAGAAAUUAUGAAUCACACUUAGCUCAUCCUAGCAAAAUUGUACAAUCUUAAAGUAAGUUAUUAUAAAUGCAUUAAUUUUUUAAAUAAA